UAGCCAGACCAAUAUGGCUGCGCUGGUGGAAGGACAGGAGUAUGGUCUCAUCUCAAACGAUUCUUCCAUCGGCAACAAAACUGUAAUUCACGUCAAGCUAACAGAUUCAGCUCUUAGAGCGAUAGAAGAAUUUUCUAAAAUCAAACAUGGCACCAACAGAAGGCCUACAAUACAGCUUGAUGGGAACCAAGGGCAUUUCCAAGUGCCACUCCGAGGCUCAAGUGAUGACCCGAAGGCCUCACGCACAUUCCGAUUUAACCUGGCACAACUUCAAGGCGACCCAAAUGGUAGCUUUGAGUGCAUCCAACAGCCUGACUCCAGAUAUGGUCACACACUUGAAAGUUUGGGUGUCAUGCAACAGAAAAUCAAUGUCCUCGCAACUGAUGAUGUAUACAAGUCCACACGAGAACGUAUGACACUUGCUGAAGAAGAAAGCAAGAAAGUCUGUACAAAAGAAAUCAAACCCAGCGGCCGAUACAUCAGCAAGAAAGUGAAGAAAGUGAUAACGAACGGUCAUAACAAGCACUUACCGCCCACCAAUAAAAACAAUAUUGCAAUCAGCAAACCCCAACCCCCACCUCACAUCCCCAAAAGCUCAACAAACUUCUCCAAUGUGUCAAAUCCUGGUCAGUCAAGACUCUCGGGGACUUCUCAUCUCCCUAACGGUGGAACAAACCACUCCCCCAACAGGGUCACAGCCAGUCAGCAUUCACCUCACAGAAGUACUGGGUCCAACCAUUCUCCUGUGAGGGGUAGUGGGACGACCAAUGUGUCUUCAAUGUCUACCAAACCAUCAUCUCAUGUGCCGCCGUCAAGCGGAGGGGGAUCGAAACCUAACUCUGCAAUCAUGAACAUGCCAUAUAGAGAAAGAAUCAUCCAUUUGUUAGCAGUGCGGCCUUUCAAGAAGCCUGAGCUGAUACUGAGACUAAAGAAGGAUGGUAUCCGGGAAAAGGACAAGAACUCUCUAGGCAGCGUCCUGCAGCAGGUGGCAGUACUUAACAAGAGCAAUAGCUACACACUCGCAAACCACGCCUGGAUCGACGUGCGCACAGAUUGGCCAUUCUACACAGAGGCGGAUCGCCAAAUUGUGAAGAGAAAUCUCCAGAACCUGCAAGCUGAGUCCCGAAGUGCGUCCACCUCCCCUGCAGUCUCACCUAGCAACCAGGCUCCUGAAAGCCCAAGCAACUCUCAGAAACGUGCUAGUGAAGAUGUGAUGGAAGGCCCCCAGCCAAACAAGAAGCAGAGAAUAUCCCACCAUGAGAAAAGGAAAGAAUCCUCUCCCGUCAAUGGUCUCAAGUCCAGUAACAGCCACCAUCAUGCACCUCACGACAAACGCAAGUCCUCCUCCCUGUCCCCUGAUGCUAACAGUGAGAACAAGGAGCAGCACAUAGAUGAUAACGGAAACACAGUGUCCUCCAAUUCCAGCAGCUGUGCUGAUUACUUAAAGACUUACACAAUGAUCAAGAACCAGGAACAGAGACAGAAGUACAAGUGUGAUUUCAACCGCGAGUAUGAGGAGUACAGGAAGCUGUUUGGUCAUCUGGACACCAUUGCCAAGAAGUUUGGGGAAUUAGAGAUAAAGAUUCGCAAGACAAAGGAAGGAUCAGAGGCCUUUGAGUCCUUGAAGAACAGGAUAUUAGAAGAAUACCAAGCCCAGAAAAGUGAUCCGAAAUUCAUUGAACAAAAAAAGCGCUAUGACUACCUACACAAGAAACUGGCACAUAUCAAAAAGUUGGUAAUGCAUUUUGAUCAGUGUUCCCUGUCCAUCUGCUCAUAGCAGCAGGCCAGAACAUGCUUACAAGCUGUGGUUGUGAGAUCUACUGGAGUUACACAGUGAACCUCGACUAUGGAUUCUUCACAGAUUGCUUGGAUCUUACCAUGGGUAAACGGAUAUAUUCCAUGGGGUAAUGAGUCUCGCUGACUGCUGGAUGGAUAUGGAUGCAUGGUCUGUUGUUUGGCCAGUAUGCCAACUUGCUGUCCAAGUUGAAGGAUGUUUCUGGAUCUACUGAAUGUUGCAAGAGUGUAUCAAGAGUCCCGGGUGUGGCUCUUCCUGCUAGUCACUGGUGGAUAUGUGGACAUGGUUAUGUUUCUGAAGGAAUGUGAAUUUGGAUGUUUGCGGGUUUGUCAGACAAGCAUCUACCAGGCUGAUGAACUGUCUGCUGCCUUUUUGGUUACGAUAAAAAUGGCCUGUUUUUUUGUUGGCCAGUUUGUUCUACACACCCAGUUCAACAUGCUCCUGUUGGUGAAGCAUGAAUCUUCCUUAUCUACACAGCACCCCCUGUAUAAAUGUUCCUGUGUCUGUCUGUCUGUACGUCCAUCCAGUGCCUUGUAAUGCUCCCGCACAUGCAUGUAAUGCAGGUGCAGACCGAGCUGAUGUGUGUGCAUGGCCAGCUGAAGGUCACUGAAAGAGUCACCAAGCCUCUCGCUCCAUUAAUGGCACAGGUCCACUUUGCCAUAAUAGUCUGCUAUUGCUGAUAUGUGCUGGAGGCUGCUGGCUUCACAAAUUGGCCAAAUCACAGUAUUUGUGAAACUUUCUCAUUUGUUUUAAUAACUUAUUUAAUUUCAAAGAGUUACUAGUUUAUUUAUGAUCUUGUGUUAACUUAUUAUCAGUUUGGCAUUCUCAUGGUUUAUUUUGAGAACGCAAAUACAUCUUUUUACAUAUUUAUCUUUUGAAUUGACUCUGUCUUACAGCUCUGGGACAUGGCACGUCACAUACAAUGUUUAGAUGAAACAGCUGAAUCAAAGGAAUAUAGUUCAUAAAAAGAGUGCAAUGUGCUUUGUAUUCAUCUUAUUAGAACAUUAAGCUAGUUUAAAAUCUCAAAGUACCAGUUUUCAAUCUAUGCUACUGAAAAGAAUUUAUGGACUACUCGUCUCUACUUCAAUCUGUCAUGCAAUUGUAGUGAUGCCCAAAAAUCGAGUGGUCCCUAACUAUCUAAGGGAAUAUAUAUGUUUAAAGUUAUCACAAAAUGGCUUGAUAUUAAAUUAUACUACUUGAAAGAAGUUAAAAAGUGCCAAAUUUUGUACAUGUGACUGUAAAUCGUCUGUCAUCACAUGGCAAAUUAAGUUGUUCUUUAACUUUAUUUUCCAGUACUAUUUGACUGAUCAAAACCAGACAGAACCUGUUAAAGAACAAAAUCAGAUCUUCUUUUCUUCAACUUGUACAUGACACACCUUAGACAAAUUAUUUAUUGGUAUUUAUGAUCCAUUAUUUAAGUGAGCACUCGUACACCCUUGUUGUACAUUAAGUUUUGUAUGUAAAAAUGUUAAUUUGAGCAUUGACCUUGGUGCAGAUAUUCAUUUAAUGAAGAUAGAUGGUAAAGCCAGUGUAUGAUCCAGGAAAGGAGUUGCCUUGACGACAUGGAUGAUAGUUCACCUGUCGUUAGUACCGUUGAACAAAUAUAUCAGUUGUAUCUGUUGUGUUUUCAGAAUAUAGGGAGAUAUUUUAUAGCUAUGUUAAUAUGAUGCCAGAGAGAUACAUCAUAUAUGCAUAUGAGACUAUUUUUGAUGGAGAGAUAUCACAAAACAUAACCACUGUGUACAGAAGUGAUGCUUUGGCUACUAUACCAAGCGUUAUGGGGGCAACCUUUACAUGUAGAAGGUGCUCCUUACAUGUGUAGAGUUGUGUGUUCAUUAUCUUUUGAAAACUAUCUACAGAAAUAGGCUGUGUAAGUCAAGUUUCUUUCAUUUUGCUUCUGUACUUCCAAACUUUCAGCUGCCCUCAAGUAUGACCAGGUAUUCAUUUAGCAUUGGUUUAUCAGGUGAGUGUGAAGACUGGUCCUUUGGCUUGUGGCUUGCAGGAGAGUCCGAGGGUUAGUUGUAUGAAACCAGUUGCUGCAUUAUGCUCAUUUACUUUGAAUUUGCAAAGAAUGUGUAGAAUUUCCAAACAUAUACAUACUUAUGUGCUCAAGACGUGGAAGGGACAGAUUAUAUAUUUUGUGAUUUGGUGUAUCAGUGGUCUCCGUGCAGUCAUCAGCAUGUCCGAACAGACCUGAUAACCGGUACUUUGGGGAGGGAUGCCCCAGUCUUGAUUAAUGACAUCUUUUUGUUAAAGUUGGGGUAGGGAUCCUCCAACCCAAAUUCUGUCAAAUGAAUAUUUUUGAGAAUUUUUCAAUCAACUUUUAUGACUGCUGGCCCAAACCAUUUUUGUUCUAGAAUAGAAAAUACAACUUUAGAAUCUUGAAACACAGUAACAAGGUGGCUUUGCAAACAAAACUCGCUAUGUUGCAGAAGGAUUUGUGUAACAAUGUGGUGUUGACAGGUCUAGUCUUCUCUAGCAAAAAUGUAUGUUUAAUACUCUUUACCCCGCUGAACUACACUAUAUUGGUAAAAUCUGUAAACCAAAUGAACAAAAACCCCAAACCUCUUCAUCAUACCUGGCAGUUAUCAGGGUGAGUAGACAAACAUGACAACAAUACAGUCGUAGUUUGCCAUGCCCCUGUUUCCAAUAUGUCUAGGGGUGAAGUUCCAACAUUGCCCUGGUUCUCUGUAUCCUGUCAGUCCAUCAAUGGCCACUACAUCCAUCAGCUGUGACCCAAGUGUCCAGGGAUGGGACCAUGCAAGGAAUUGAGUCUGAUAUGCAGUGUUUGAUGGAAUGAGUCUUUUCAUGAAAUAGGAAACAUAAUUCAUCAAAUAGGAAACGACAUGAAUUUAUGAAAGAUUACAGUAAGAACUAGUGAUUCAUGUAACUAUUUGGACACAAGAAGUACGUGCCAAACCUGAAGAAUGAAUUCUGCCCAUUUUGUGUUGUAGGUAUAGCAAUAUAUAUGUGUUUAUGAUCCAUCUGAGAGAUGGGGUAUGAGUGGUCUUUGAUGGAAUGUUAUUAGUCCCAAACUGUUGUUGGCUGCUGGGUUUUGGAUGUUCAACUGUACUUCAUACAGAUGUUUUUGUAAGCAUGGUAAGGUGUGCAUCUGUCUACAGAGAGAACUGAGGUGACUGUCGUGAUGAUGUUCUAUGUCUGCAGGAUAAGCCCUUUAACCGAGGUAAUACUGACAUUUCUUCGUCAGAAACCAUAAUUAGAUGAGAACUUUCAUCUUCUGCCAUGUUUUGAUCAAUAAGAUUCAAGUAUUUUCCAAUCAGAAGCUGUGGGCUACUCCCUACAGUUCUGUACAAUUUCCUGCUUAGUCUAGUUCUUUCUGGUCACUGAUGUUUCUGUAUGAAUCUGAGAGACUGACCAGGUCAGUCAGUUUUGUAACCGCUGGAGUGUGGCAGGACACUAAUGUGAAGCCUCAAAUGGUCCAUAUUUUCUGGGUAGCAUUAUUUUGAGAUGUGAUGUUUGUGAUGUAGUAUGUUGCAUAAUGCUAGCUAGCUGACACGGGAGAACAGAAUGUGUCCAAAAUGUCUCCACCAUCUGUAAAUCACUUGAUCUGUAGAUAACUGGCUGAAAGCCUGAAUGUGAAGAGUAGAUUUGACAUGUGACCUAAAUAA